CUUGAAGCUUCCCUUUCCAAAUGCUUUAUUGUUUGUUCGGGAGCCAAGGGCGACAUCAUUAUUCAUAUUCAUGGGAUAUUAAUUGCUACUUAGAAAGAAGAGGGAGCCAGAAAUCAGCAAAGCAAGCGGGGCGGGGCGAGAGAGAGAGAGAAAGAGAGAGAACGAAACGAAGCGAAGCCAAUCUUUCUUCUGUCUCCCGGCGCAAAGGGCACGUUAACGCUUUGCUAGGGCAUCCCGUUUCCACGCCCCGUGGUUCCAGGCGAGGAGACCACCGUCAACGCCGGCAGCUGUGUAAGCCUGCGGAAGAGCGGAAGAGAGUCCUCUGGCGGCAGGGCACUGCACUGCAGAGUUCCUCGGGAGGACUCUGAUUCGCCGCCAGUUUCAGGCGAGAGAGGCUGGGGUGCAGCUUAAAGUCUCAUAGCUUUACCCCUUCCUUUUUCCAGCUGAAAUGGUUCGGACAGCGCUCUGGGGCUCUGCCACCCAGCCGCUUGCAUUGUAUCGCUUGGCUUCCCCUCCCCUUCCCCCUUCAACUUCUCCUCCCCCUUUUCUCUCCCUUCCCCCUAAAGAGAUGAUCAGCCAAGGUCUUUGCAGAUAGAUUUGAUCGAAACUUAAAGAGCAACCAUCGCUGGGCACUUGCUGGCCAAUAAGUCAUUUUUAAUAGAGACAAAUCACUCGGAACGCCCAGGAGGCAAUAGCGGUGGCUGCUGCAAAAAGACGCGGGCGGUCCGGACAGCCUCAGGUCUCCUUCCUCUUGCAAGUUUCCUGCCAUCGUGACCGUACCUGGGCGCUUCCCUUCCGAAACCGGCGGCACCUGUUUCCACGGGAUCUCCGCCCAUAUCAUGGAGCAACCGCGCCGAGGGGACCCUGUCCGAGCACCCGAGCCCGCGUAGCUGGCUUUGAUUGCUGUGCUGAUUUCCUUCCUAUGGACUAUUGCCAGAGAUCGAUACCUGCUUUCGGACCCCACAUGCAGCUGAAGCGAGCUGUCCUGGCUCUUUAAAGUAGAUGCCGGGUGGAUCUAUGGUUCUGGCGAAACAGAGAGGGAGCCCGAGCAGCGCGAAGGAAGUUUGAGCCGCGAGGAUGCAGCCCACAUAUUGGUACGCGGUGCUUCUGCUGCAACCUUUGCUGUACCUGGUCACCUGUGCAAAUUUAAGCAGUGGUGGCAAAUCAGAACUUCUAAAAGCAGGCAGUUCCAAAUCCAUACUAAAGCAUAUAUGGACAGAAAGCAGCAAAGACUUAUCAAUCAGCCGGCUGCUAUCACAGACUUUUCGCAGAAAAGAAAAUGCAACAGAUUUGAGUAUGCGGUACGAUGCUCCUGAAACUUAUUCAGAGCAAGAUCUAUGGGAGUGGCUGAGGAACUCCACGGAUCUUCAAGAGCCUCGAUCCAGAGCAAAGCGACGGCCCAUUGUCAAGACUGGGAAGUUUAAGAAAAUGUUUGGCUGGGGCGAUUUUCAUUCCAAUAUCAAGACAGUCAAGCUAAACCUGUUGAUAACUGGGAAAAUAGUUGAUCAUGGCAACGGGACAUUCAGUGUUUACUUUAGGCAUAAUUCAACCGGCCAAGGGAAUGUAUCAGUGAGCUUGGUGCCCCCAACCAAAAUAGUAGAAUUUGACUUGGCACAACAAACAGUGAUUGAUGCCAAAGAUUCCAAGUCCUUCAACUGCCGCAUUGAGUAUGAAAAGGUUGACAAAGCCACCAAGAACACACUCUGCAACUAUGAUCCUUCUAAAACAUGUUACCAGGAGCAAACCCAAAGUCACGUCUCAUGGCUCUGCUCCAAGCCCUUUAAAGUAAUCUGUAUUUACAUUUCCUUUUAUAGUACAGAUUAUAAACUAGUACAGAAAGUAUGCCCAGAUUACAACUACCAUAGCGACACGCCAUACUUCCCUUCGGGUUGAAAAAGACCAUACAUCUAAGACUGAGGAUCCCAAGGAAUAAAAUAAAUCAAAUCAAAUAAAAGAGGUCAUAUGACAGGGCUAUUACCUCAAAGAAGAAGGCCACAUCUUUUGCCCAGAAUGUGUCUACAUUUUGUUGCUGAUAUCAACUGGCUGCAAAUAUGUUAACGGAAGCCAAUCUAAUCAUUUCUGCCCAGUCAGCUCCAUUACAUAUCAGUCCAGUUGUAAAUCACUAUUUAAAUGAUGCCACAUAUGGUUUCUCUUUCUCUUUCCUUCUUCCUCUUUGCAUCUACAGAGGUACCUCUUAAGAUGACUUUCAUCGUCUGAUAUGUUCAGGAUCAUCUAUCAUCAAGCAAAACAGAUUAAUUAGCUAAAGAAUGGUUAUGGAAAUAACCAAUGUUAUGGAAAUCUAAGUCUUGAAUACAUGAUAAUCAGUAAUCCCCAUUCAUGCAUUCCUUCACUUGAAGUAGCUGUACUGGUAAAUAUUACUGUGUAGGAGUAAUUGCUUGUUCAAAACUGGGAUGGGGGUGGGUAGCAGGGGAUAUGUGUGUGUUUAGAGUUCAGUAGUUCUCUUCAUAUAAACACAAUUUAGGGUAGUGACUUUUCUCCAGCACACUGUGGGCACAUUCAAGGUGAUGUUAGGUGGCUCUUACUCUGCAGGGGGGGGCCUAUUGAACAAAUAAAGAUGAGCAAACAUUUGGAAUUUACAUGUUAACAGACCUGAUGAUUUUUUGCAUCCUGAUAGUCAUCACUUCACACAGACUUGGCAGUCAUCCCCAACUGAGAAGUCCUACAGUCACCAUGUAGGAAAGAAAAAUGCCUGAAAGGCAACCUGUAAGUUGUAAAUGUCUGUCUUAUCUUUAUUACACAAUAUUGUAACAAAUUCAAUAUCCUAGUCCUCAUUUGUAUGAAUGGUUUGUAUUGUACAUAGUUUAACCAGUGUUAUUUCAGCUGCUAAUUAAUAUUAACUUGUAAUUGUCUCUUUCUCUCUCCUCUCUUUCUUCUGCUUAUUAUAGGUUAAAAACAAAACAAGGAAAUGAGGAAUCCAUUUUAUCAAUGUAGCUGUAAACUCCAUUUAAGAAGACAGCAUUCUGUACAAAGCAUAUAUUCAGCUAAAUUAUUGUUAUACACUUACAACAUUUACAGUCUGUCUGUAUUUAGACUUUUUCUUUCCAGGUGAAAAAUAUUGAAAUGUACAUAAAAAUAAAAUACUGAAAUUCAGUUUCAAUAUGCAUUCUGUAGCUGGUGGUUUAAAUAGCACGAGAAGACUGAUUAUUCAAUGGGAGUAUGUUCUUUUGCAAGUCGAUAUAUGCUGGAGACUUUGAUGUUUGUUGUCCCACACUGCUGACCCAGAAAAGUUGGCCCCCACAGAUCAGGUUUCUUAUCUUUAUAUGCAACUUUUCAAUCAACAAAAAACUUACUAAUUCCCAGUGAUUUUCAUAAGACCCCCAAGGAUAUGAAAUCAAAUUUAACAUAAUGUCAAGAGGUCACUAUGUCAGACUAAGGUUGUACCAAUUUCCUAAAAAUAGAAGUGAGAUGUAGUACAGUGUUGAAAAUUCUGAUCCUUGUUCUUCAUUCCUCCCACCCCAAUACUUUUAACCUGGUAGGAAAACUUUGCUGGAUGGGGGAAAAAAAGUUGCAAGCAGGAAACUUAUCAGCAUCAUUUAUAGAUAUGAUGCUACAUAAAAAGGUUCCAAGCAUUAUCUGCCAUUAUGAUCUGAUUUAGUCAUAAGCCACAAAUGAAAUCUGUAGCAUCAUAUCAUACAGAUUGCUUCAUAGUGUAAAUCAUUACCUCAAUUUAGGCAUUUAAAUCAGUAACAGGUGUGAUAAAGAUAGCUUCUGUUGCCAAUAUACACAAUCCUAUUCUAAUUUUUUCCCCAGUGUAUAUGCUUUCUUUUCUACUUUCAUGGAAUUCCUAUAAAAUGGGACAGGCUGCAACUCAAAAUCUAUGAAUCAAGUUCCUAGAAUUCAAGUACAGCUCGAAAUGGUGUUUACCAUGCACUACUACCAAACACUACUGGCAAAAUAUAGAUUAGAAUCUUUUGAUAUUUCUAUAGGAGAUCUGCAAUAUACAUCAACAAGUGUUCCAUCAUUCCUGUUGAUUUAACAAUAUUUUUUCUAAGUAAAAUUGUCAAUAAAAGAAAGCCUGAAGAAGAAAGGAGAACCCAUGAAUAAAUAUGUGUAAAAGGGUUUCUAAACCUGGUUUGAAGCUACUGACCAUUUUUUUAAAUAAUUCAUAUAAGUUAGGAGUAUCUAUAGGAGGAUUGAAAAAAGUCAAGAUGAUUCCUUUUAUCACAUGCUUAUGAUUCCCAUUGUUUGUUUACAAUUAAAGAUCAGUUAUUAAAAAUACAUAAAAUAAAAACACACAUACAGUCACAUAUACAUAUUGUCUAGGAUGUAGUCAGUUGAUGUAGCCAGCAUUCCAUGAUUUAAUGUUCUAUGGGCAAAAUGUUCUCAACCUGUGGCCCGCAGACUCCUAGAGGGCUGUGAUGUCAUCACAGGGGGUACCACAAAGACUUGAAAAAAUGUUAUGAUUUAAAUCUUGAGUUAAGUCUUGGGGUCUGUGGCCACAAAAGGUAUUUAAAGGAGGUCUAUGUUGAAGAAAGGGUUGAGAACCACUGCCCUACUGAAUUGACUAUGAGCUUAGAGUUUCUACAAAUUAAAAAAUAUUAAUGCUGUAGAAACAGAGAAUAAUUAAAUACAUAGAUUUUGUUCUGACCUUAUCCAUCCCAUGUUCUCUUUUUGGGAAGUACAACCAGUGGCAUGCCAGUCAAAUACCAAUUUAGAUCAUGGUCCUAGAAAAGUUGUACUGUCUGUAACUAUCAUUCAGGUUGACUUUUCUUUGGUAUCAGUUAAUAUAUGGAAAGAUUAUUUGGGCAAUUAAUGAUGGCUUGUGCCUUGAAUUUUUAAAGUCUUCUAUUGAAUGCUACUGCUUGAAGUGCUAUGCAGCAUGUGACCUCACUCCUCUACCCCUUGAUAUGACAUUUAAUGAUCCACCCACUGAUGCUAACUGAACAAGACUUGUUGCCCUAUGUCUACAAUAGAAAAAGAAGGAGGGAUGUUAAAAAUGGGCAGUCUGGCUUACUGCAUUUGAAAUGAAUGAAGUUAUGUGGAUUAGCAUAUGAAAAAAAACUGGCUAUAUUAUCAAUAAGUAAACUGAAAAUCAAGCACUAUUUUUAACCAGGAAAAAAUGACAAGAAUAUAUUGGAAGGUUAGGAUUCAGUGUUACAAGAAAUCAACGGAUCUUUAAUAGAUAACCUGUUUCCAACUGCUUUUUGUUUAGCUUUCCUAAUGAUUUCCAAACAGAUUGAAUUGCAGUCACACAGUAUCGAAUAUAUGUGUAUAUGUAGAAUAUAUAUAUGUGUGUGUGUGUGUGUGUGUGUGUGUGUGUGUGUAUGUGUAUAUCUAUAUAUGCACACACACACAUACAGUUGAGCUUUUGGGUGGUUGCUAUAGCUCCUCCAAAAAGUUGGCUUUUCUUUGAAGAAGAAUUAGUGAUUUAUAAUUCUUAAAACCUGUAGAGAAAUUAUAGACAAUUAUAGUAAAAAAAGUCAAGACAGCAGCUGCAAGUGUACAGCUGAAGCACUACCCUUUUUAUAAGCAUUGCAAUGUGUAUGAAAAGGGUAGGACUUUGGUUAUAUGUGCAUGGCCACCAUCUUAAUUUUUUGACCCCUGUGGAUGUGCCUGAUUAUAGAAUAUCUGAAGAAAAGACUAUUAACUGUUUUUAAUUAGUGUAAUUACAUUUAAUUCAAUUAACAUGAACUUGCCAUUCCAUCCCUUUCUUUGUCUUGACCUUGCCUCUUUUCUGGAGUGCAAUCUUUGGCAUGUUGCUGAGAAGCCAAGGGUGACUCUCCUGCCUGAAAAUGUAUCCUUUCUGUGCACAUUUAUCAAGUUAAGUCAAUAAAAUGAUGUUUCUAACAAAAGUCAUUCUAACCUUCAUGGAGUCUUAUCUUAAGUGUUUGCUGGCUUUCUUGUUUUAUUGUUUUUCCAUUUUAUCUCUAAAGUUUCUUUUCCCUCUUGCCCACACUAUACCCAAUAUUGGUGGAUUUCACAGCAAGCAUUAGAAAUACUAACUAUAACUGAAAGCCUUUUUUCAGGUUUGGGGAAAAAAGUGCUUCAAAAUAAGAUCCUGGGCCACAGUGAUUUAGACAACAUAGCAGAUAAGGUACAUUGUCUUAAGCUCAGCUGGAAUUCAACAUUCAAAGCAGGGCAAUAAUUAAUUUUCUGUAUUUUUUAAAAGGUAUGUUGUUCAUUUUUGCAGAGGCUUGAUCUUUCUUUUUUAAAUACAUUAGCCUCUUAUGGUCUUGAUCUAUGGAUUCGUUUUGCUUGCUAGAAUAACUAGCCUGCAGUCUCAAAAGCCAAGCUAGUUUGGUGCAAUAUUUGUCUGAGUUAAACGUGCUAGAUUGAGAUCUGAGAAUAUAUCUUUGUUUGAUUUCAGAUUAUAUUUAAAAGAACUUUGCAUUGUGUAAACUGGAUGCUUUUCAAGUUAAACAUACAGAAAUAGAAGCUUUGCAUAUUUAGAAAUCUCAUCAUACUCUGAUGUUAUUCAACUUCACAGUUAAACUUAAGUAUCUAUGCAUCUUUUUAAAUUUGUAACAUGGAUAUAUUUUUUUCAAAUCUAUAGCCUUUUAGGGGUGGUAUGGUGAUAAUUUCCUCUGACAGCUUGAUCCUAAUGUUUUUUCUCUGAAAAUAAAUUGUUCUGUGCUACAGUAUGAACAGUGAGAACAAUUAAACAGUGGAACAGUUUGUCUACAGCUUGUUGGUGCUUCAUCACUGGAGGCUUUUAAGAAGAAACUGGACAGCCGCUUGUCUGAAAUUGUAUAGUCUCCUGCUUGAGCAGGGGAUUGGACUAGAAGACCUCCAAGGUCCCUUCCAACUCUAUUAUUCUGUAUUCUGUAUAUUAACUCCUACUCAUUACUUUUGAGAUUGAAAUUUCCAUCUCUUUCAGAACAGAGAAAGAUGUUAGCAUCACUAGCAUGAUAGUUUUCUGGCAUAGUUUAAACCAGGUUUAUGGUUUUAUAGUAACUUGCAGCCAAGAUUAGACAUUAAUGUUUAGAUAGCCAUAUUUGUGAAAAAAGUGUUUUAAACAAAUAGAAGUAGAGAUAUGAUGAAAUGUGUUGUCAAUUUCAUAUCUUGUAUGUGUUCUUUCUUUCUCAUUAUUAUCUGUAUUUAUCUUUCUUAGUCAUAUAGUUAAAGUUAUCCACUGGCUUCAUAAUAUUGCCAUGUAUUAUGUGUUAAAUUUCUUAAACGUUUAUUGUAAACCUGAUGGAUGACCUGGCUCCUGCUUCAGUAUGGAUAUGUAGAUUUGUGUUAUUAUCAUCAGAUGCCCAUGGUGCCAUUAUAGCCUAAUAUUCAUCAUUAUAGUAAAUGAAAAAAUAGUAUUUUUUUGGCCAGGAAACUGAUAUAGCUGGAGAAAUAUUGUGAUAAGCAAGUAGGAAUUUGAAAGAAUUUUCAGUUCAGUUUGAACUGAAUCCUAGAUCUUAACCCUAAUCCUAAAAUAAACUUCGUCAAUUAACCCUCUUCAUUCAUUGUACAAUCUGAGGACAAUUGAGCUGUAAACAUUAACUUGUCUUUCCAAA